GAACAGUAAUGGCAAGAAAAGCUACAGGCUGUCCCUGUUGCCAGUAAAGAGCAGCAGAGGUUUCAGAACAGUCUCGGAGACAAGAUGUUCAAUAAACUUAAAGCAAGAUUCAUCAAAGUGAAGCAAAAGCCAGAGGAGGAAAAGUCCAAGAAUGAAGAGGCCCCUCCUAAUCCACCACCCCAACAGCCGCCAUGUGCAGAACAGGGUGAAAAUAAAAACAAAAGUGAUCCACAGAAAAGUGAGACCACUAAUACUGCACAACCAGAACCAAACGAACAAGAUGCAGAUAUAGCUUCUGCAAAAUCACCUAUGUCCCUAAAGACUGAAAAAUCUGCAGACUCAACUAAAACAAAACAGAGCCAACAGCCCAAAAAUGGGAAAGAUGAUGAUUCUAACCCAUCUCAAGCCCGGGUUGUCAAUGAGUAUACCGAAGCCCAGCUGCAAGAUAUUGUCAAAAAGAUUCGGGAAAGAACAUCAGCCUAUAAAGAAAAGCUGACUGACCCAGUAAUGUCCUCUCCUGAAGGCAGUCCUACAGCUUCUCCAGGUAAAAAGAAACCUCCGCCCCCGCCCCCACCACCACCAAAAGAAGAAAAAAAAGAGGAAGGUGAAGCCAAGCCAGAGGAGGAUCAUUACUGUGACAUGCUGUGCUGUAAAUUUAAGAAACCACCGCUGAAAGAAUACCUGAAGAUGAUGGCGCUACCAGACAGUAUAGAUGCAUACACAGAUCGUCGCUAUGUAGCGUGGCUCCUGAUCAUUACUAUUGCUUAUAACUGGAACUGCUGGUUCAUUCCACUGCGCUGUGUGUUCCCAGUACAAAGAGAAAGCAACAUAGUCUAUUGGAUUCUCGUAGACAUUGUUUGCGAUAUUUGCUACAUAUGUGAUCUGGUAGUGUUCCAACCCCGAAUACAAUUUGUAAAAGGCGGAGAUAUAAUAACAGACAAAGUGGAAAUGAAGAAACAUUACCGGAGUUCUCUGAAAUUUCGGCUUGAUUUGGUAUCAGUAAUACCAUUUGAUGUUUUAUACUUCAUCUUUGGGUUUUACCCAGUGUUUAGAGCAAACAAGAUGUUAAAGCAUCUGACCUUCUUUGAAUUCAAUGACCGGUUGGAAGGUAUCCUGGAUAAAGCAUACAUCUACAGAGUCAUUCGAACAACUGGAUACCUGCUGUUUAUCUUGCACAUUAAUGCAUGUAUUUAUUACUGGGCCUCAGACUUUGAAGGAAUUGGCAGCACCAAAUGGGUAUAUGAUGGCAAAGGAAAUAUGUAUCUGAGGUGUUAUUACUGGGCAGUGCGCACUUUAAUUACCAUUGGUGGCCUUGCAGAACCGCACACGCUCUUUGAAAUAAUCUUUCAACUACUGAAUUUUUUCAUGGGUGUCUUUGUGUUCUCCAGCUUAAUUGGUCAGAUGCGAGAUGUAAUUGGAGCAGCUACAGCAGGACAGAAUUACUACCGUGCCAGCAUGGAUAACACUGUCUCUUACAUGAACACUUAUACAAUUCCAAAAGUAGUUCAGAAUCGUGUUCGAACCUGGUAUGAAUACACCUGGGACUCUCAAGGAAUGCUGGAUGAAUCAGAAUUACUGGAGCAGAUGCCAGCCAAGAUGCAGCUAGCCAUUGCAGUUGAUGUGAACUUUGCCAUUGUCAAUAAAGUCGACUUAUUCAAAGGCUGUGAUACGCAAAUGAUUUAUGACAUGCUGCUGAGACUGAAAUCCAUUGUGUAUUUACCUGGUGACUUUGUCUGCAAAAAGGGAGAAAUUGGCAGAGAGAUGUACAUCAUCAAACAGGGAGAAGUUCAAGUUCUUGGAGGCCCUGAUGGCACCAAAGUCCUGGUUACCUUAAGGGCAGGCGCUGUAUUUGGAGAGAUCAGCCUAUUAGCAGCAAGUGGAGGGAAUCGGCGGACUGCUAACGUGGUGGCACAUGGAUUUGCCAAUCUCUUUAUUCUAGACAAGAAGACCCUCAAUGAAAUCUUGGUGCACUACCCCGACUCAGAAAAGCUCCUGAAGAAGAAGGCUAAGGUGCUGCUGAAGGAGAAGGGUAAGCCCACUGAAGGGCCACCAGUGCAAGCAAGAGGCAUGGCCAGCUUCUUUGCACCAAAAUCAGAAACUCCUAAACUAUUCAAAGCAAUGCUUGGAGGGGCAGGGAAAGGAGGCCUGGCUAUGCUGCUCAAGCUGAAGAGAGAGCAAGCAGCUCAGGAAAAAAUUGAAGAACAGAAACCCGAACCAGAGGAAAAGAAACCUGAACCGGCACCUGAACCCACAAUCCCACCUAAAACAUCUGUGCAAAAGGAAGAGCAAAUUGCAGCUUCUGAGCCUUCACCUAAACCUGUCCUGCACAGAGGAACCACUAAUAAAUCUCUUAUCAUCACCAUGACUCCUGCCCCCACAGCAGCAGAAGGAGAGAUUCUCACUGUUGAGGUCAAAGAAAAGAGACAGGAGUAGAUGAGGUUGUGGUCAUACCUUGUCUUUCUGAGGGAAAAGAGGGGAUGUGUGUCUUCGCAUCAGAAUGCGAAACUGUUCUCUUCCCUCACCCCAGGGAGAGAAUGUACUUGAUCUCCAGACCUUGAUUGUAUGGUACAACAUUUUUUGUAGCAAAAUAAUUAGAGCACCGAUUGCAUCUUUAGGCCUAUUUAUUUCUUGCUUCUUCCAUGCUCUUAAUCUUUGCUCCUACUUCUCCUUAUCUCUGUCCUCCUAGUUCUGUCUCUCUUAUUGCUCUUCCUCCUGGUUUUUCUCUUGAUUAGUUUAGUCUUUAUUUUCAUGUGUCUCUUUUACUAUUUCCUAUUCUGGUUUCCUAUCAUAAUCCUUUACUUUUUUACUACAUUAGUAUUGCUGAGGUCGUUAACAUUUGCCCUUAUUUCUCUAACAAGUGACUUCCUUUUGUAACCAACAUAGGCUCAAUUCAACUACAGUUCAUGGUUUGAGUGGUUUCAGUUUUGCUCUUCAGGUGGCAUACAGCAAAACCAUCCUUAAUAAAAGUCAGUGCAAUCACCAAAAAGAGAAAGUGGAUGAUAAUUCUGCAGGUCUUAACCUCAAAAAUGUUGAAAGUAGGAGCCUUCAGUUCAGUAAAGUUAGCUGAAUAUACUAAAAUAAAAACUAUAGCUAUGUUUUUCAAAAGCAGCCUUUAAAUUUUCAAUGCACUAACAACCCCAACUCUAUCUGAAGUUCAUGGGAACUGUAGGUGGCUCACAACCUUUGAAAAAGAAGGCCUCAGUAACUGAAGUUGAACACCCACAGUUAAAGACUGUUUUUUAAAAAUGUAGACCAUUGCAACCUUAUAGCUACUGCUGAUCUUUUUGUCAGUCAUAAUCAGUUCCUACAGUCAUAACUCAGGCAAAAUUUUGAGCUGGGCAGGAAAUUAUUUUGCCAUUCUACACCAAGACAAACCUGAGACCUUUCAAAGAGUAAUGAAAAAUGAGAGCACAACUUGAUAUCAGGCUCUCUCCUAC